UUCCGCUGUCAUGGCGGCCUGAGGUCCCGGCAGUCGGUGAGGCGGCUGCAGGCCCCUCCCUGCAGAGCCGCUGGUCCGGCGGGCGGGGAUGUGACCGAGGGCCCUGCCGGCCUGCCUCGGGCGUCGCGUCAGCUCCGUGUCAGUGCCCUCAGUCCACACCGAUGGCUGGAUCCGGCUGUGCGUGGGGCGCGGAGCCGCCGCGGUUUCUGGAAGCUUUCGGGCGGCUGUGGCAGGUACAGAGCCGCCUGGGUAGCGGCUCCUCUGCCUCGGUGUAUCGGGUGCGCUGCUGCGGCACUCCUGGCUCACCCCCCGGCGCCCUCAAGCAGUUCUUACCGCCAGGAACCACCGGGGCUGCGGCCUCGGCCGCCGAGUAUGGUUUCCGCAAAGAGAGGGCAGCGUUGGAACAGUUGCAGGGUCACAGGAACAUCGUGACUUUAUAUGGAGUUUUUACAAUCCACUUUUCUCCAAAUGUGCCAUCACGCUGUCUCUUGCUUGAACUCCUGGAUGUCAGUGUUUCGGAAUUGCUUUUAUAUUCCAGUCACCAAGGUUGUUCCAUGUGGAUGAUACAGCAUUGUGCCAGAGAUGUUCUAGAGGCCCUUGCUUUUCUUCAUCAUGAGGGUUAUGUCCAUGCAGACCUCAAACCACGUAAUAUAUUGUGGAGUGCCGAGAAUGAAUGUUUUAAACUCAUUGACUUUGGACUUAGCUUCAAAGAAGGCAAUCAGGAUGUAAAGUAUAUUCAGACAGACGGGUAUCGGGCUCCUGAAGCAGAACUGCAGAAUUGCUUGGCUCAGGCUGGCCUGCAGAGUGAUACAGAAUGUACCUCAGCUGUUGAUCUGUGGAGCCUAGGAAUCAUUUUACUGGAAAUGUUCUCAGGAAUGAAACUGAAACAUACAGUCAGAUCUCAGGAAUGGAAGGCAAACAGUUCUGCUAUUAUUGAUCACAUAUUUGCCAGUAAAGCAGUGGUUAAUGCCGCAAUUCCAGCCUAUCACCUAAGAGACCUUAUCAAAAGCAUGCUUCAUGAUGAUCCAAGCAGAAGAAUUCCUGCUGAAAUGGCAUUGUGCAGCCCAUUCUUUAGCAUUCCUUUUGCCCCUCAUAUUGAAGAUUUGGUGAUGCUUCCUACUCCAGUGCUAAGACUGCUAAAUGUGCUGGAUGAUGAUUAUCUUGAGAAUGAAGAGGAAUAUGAAGAUGUUGUAGAAGAUGUAAAAGAGGAGUGUCAAAAAUAUGGACCAGUAGUAUCUCUGCUUGUUCCAAAAGAAAAUCCUGGCAGAGGACAAGUCUUUGUUGAGUAUGCAAAUGCUGGUGAUUCCAAAGCUGCUCAGAAAUUACUGACUGGAAGGAUGUUUGAUGGGAAGUUUGUUGUGGCUACCUUCUACCCGCUGAGUGCCUACAAGAGGGGAUAUCUGUAUCAAACUUUGCUUUAAUCAGUAACCUAAGGACUAUUUCCUGUUUCUCCUCUUCCAUUUCCUUGGGUUAUUGUAUUCUACAUCUGAAUGCAGAAGUACCCCUACCAUUUUGAGGGAAUACUUUGUACACUUAUUCAGUCCUACUAAUGUGCAGCCAUUGGUUAAGCAGUGACUGCAUUGCAAACGUUUGGCACUGAGUAGGACAAGACCUCUCAGCUAUAUAUUGAGGGGCUUUAGAGCAUCCAUGUGGGCAACCUUUUUUUGUACAGUAGGGCAAGUGCUGCUCUUCAGUAUGUAACCUAAACAAAUAUUAACUAUUUCAUGUGAUCAUGAGGCAAAGAUGAAUAAUAUCAUGUCGUAGUGAAUAUUAACAAAUAUGUUAGAGUUGGUGACAUCACUUACAGAUUAUUCCUUUAUGUUGUCAGAUGGUUCUUCCUUAUUGUUGAUAUCCAUGGUUGGCACUGGAUGCUCUCAGUAAUGUUAAGUAAUCAUCAAGCAACAGUUCCCUGCUGUGUUCUUAACACUGAGUUAUGAAUUUUUUUUUAAAGGAGUACUGUAGUACUGAAUAUUCCUUUAAAGAAACUGCAGUGAGCCUAUCUGCAUUUUUAAAAUUAAGGCUUUUAAAAUAGAAAGCUGAUGCUUGAUCUUGCACAAUUUUUAUGUCUAGUAUGUAUGUUUGAGUGAGUGUGCAGUUGUGAAAGGUUAGAGAAAAUUUGAGUCAGUGUUCUUUAUAGUGUGAGUCUUGUGAGUUAAUAUAGUCUAUGCCCAUCUCUUCCCUACGUGUUUAAUAUCUGUAAGAUUUAGGAUACAAAUUUUUUGGAAGUUAGUCUCUUUGAUAGAAUGAAAGGAGAAAAUAGUUCAUUCCUGAGAGGCCCAGAACAGAUGAGUAUAACCUGAGUUAUAUUGAAACUCUUCUAAAGUGAAAAAACUGUCUUAAAAAAGUUUUGGUAAAUUGCCCCAUCCUUCCAUCUGCUUUAGACCCUGCGUUAACUCAUCUGUUUUGUACUGAAUCUUCUAUGAACACUGUAAGAUUUCUCAAGAUAAGAGUUCUGCCUACUAUGAUGGAAAAUUGAAGUGGGUCAAAAAGAAAGAAUUAGUUGUUCAGUGAAGGGAAAAGGGGGAAAAAAAAAGACAGGGUGCAUAAUCAAGGAUUUUUUAUUUCUUCCCUUCUCUCUCAUCUCCCUUCCACUCCUUCUUUUCCUCUUCCUCCAUUCUGUACCUCAUCCUGAAGAGAGGUUAGAGGAAAGCAUCCCGGGUGGUCUGGCUGUUGACUGCGAGGAAGUAAACAAAGGUGUAGCUCUCAUAAGGUGGAAGUAGAAAGGAAGAAAAGCCCAUAAAGAAUUCUUAAAAGCAUUAGCAAUCUAAUGUGUCCCUGGGUAGAGGUUACUAGUAUGCAGAAGUUCACAGACACAGAUUGAUUAUGUGGUUUUAGGAAUUAUAAUUAGGCAUUCUACCCACUUUAUAGAAGAUUGUCUUCAAAGGUUUAAAUCUUAGGAAACCUUUAUAAAGCACUGAUUAUACAAAAAAAAGUUAUAUACAGGUUAUGAAUUUUUUCUUACCUAAAUGAAAAUUUUAUUUAUUUAUUUUUUUCCUAAGGAAAAAGUCUUAUAUACCUUACCCUGCUGGAAGCCUCCUCAUAUAGUCUUUCUUUGUAUGUGCCAUGCAGGUUAUUGAGAGCCCAAUUAAGAAUUUAUGGCUUAGAGAAUGAAUUAUUAUACCCUGUUCAAACAAUUACUAUUUGAUAUUUUAAUUACUCACAGUUAAUCUGAUUAUUCAGGACUCUCCUUAAUAUUUAUUAAGAAACCAAAUUUUCUAUAAUAAGGAGGCUGAUUAAUGAAUUGCCAAAAGGUCUUGUGGCCUGAUGCCCAAGGGAAAAUUGUGUAGUAAGCUUCUAAUAUGUGCUCUUAGAAGGAAGGACAGUAAUUUUUCAUUUUGGUACUUUCAGAGGUUGAUUAGCUGGUUUCAUAUAAAAAUUGAAGAGAGUAUAGCCAGUAUUUUGGAGACCUAAGCUUUCCUAAAACAUAACUGUUUGUGUGGGUAGCAGCUUAAAUGGUGAUUAAAAAUACCAGGUCCUUCCAUACAUGCUGAUGAACACAGAAUGCAGAUGAAUUCUUUUAAAGGGCAAGUAUUCUAGGUUAGCAUGUAUACCUUUUUCAUCCCCAUCCCCACCAAAAGAAAAAUCCUUACAAAUAAACUGCAGAUAGGCUGCUAAGCUUAAUGAUGCAGUAUGCUGCUAACAUCUUGAUGCUGAAUUUCACAGCAUUCUUUGAUCAUCUUCUUAUUACUGAUGUAUUCAUGCAUAUGUGUAGUGUUUAACACUGUAGAAUUUUAUCACAGGAGAUGCUAACUAGAUUUUUAAGGGAGCUGAGGGAAUAUCGAUGACCCUAAGUAACCAUGCAUUGAAUUAAAUAUUUUAUAUUUAAGCCACAGAAUUGAAGAGAUGCCUCCUGUGAUUUAAAUUACAGCUCUUAGCCCAUUACUACCAAAGAUGACAUUUGCAGAUUCUCCCUCCCUCCUCUGAUAUUAUAAGAAGUUUAAUCUUGAUAUCUUUCUUUAAACUAAACCAAAUAUUAUUAAAGAUGCAAUUUUCAUGUUCCUUUUAGGAUGGAACAUAUACAGAGAUUUUGACUCCUUGAAGUUAUUAAAAACAUAGAAGUUUUCUUUUUGAGAGGUAGGGUAAACAGCUGAGGGUUCAUGUCACUUAACCCCUACCAUUUGGGAAAAUUUUAUCUCAGGUAGUUUUUCUUUCCCUAAAUUAAUAUCUAGGCUUCUUUACUCUUGCCUUCUAGUUUCUUCUUUAUUGUUCCAUGGUAUUGUCAUGGUACAUUUUUGUCCCAGAAAAGGCAUAUGAGUUGAUUAUUCUAUAGGAAAUCUUUGGUUCUUUGGAAACAUAUUUGGAGGAGGUGGCUAGUUAGCCACUGUCAAAACUUGUGAAAAACUUUAAAUGCUGUAUUUAGAGGAGGAGAAUAAGUAGAGUCGGACACCUCAGUAAAAGCACUGGCUAAAAGAAACUAUUUGCUGCAUUUUUAAAGGAAUAAUAACAAAAUUAUCCUCUUGCAAUAAGAAAUUGCAUUUAUUAUUACUGGAUGUCUUCCUUGUUUUGUAACCAUCAGUAUAGCAACCCUUCACAGAAAAGUUCCCUCUGCUAUGCCUUGAGCCAGUACUAUGGCUGCUUUUAGAAGUUUUACUCAUCCUUCUCUGUUUUCAUUGCCUUCUAGAUUCAUGUUACUAGGAUUUGUAUUUUACCUUUGAGCAAAUUUAUUGUAAGAAAUGCUGCCAGAAAAAGUGCUGCCAUGUAAAGGAAGAUGAAGAGAAACUAUGGGUAUAAGGUUUGUUUUUGUCUUAGUACACUGGACUUUCACCCUGGUAAGGGUAUCAGUUACCUUUCUGGGAUAAACUGUAGUCAGGAUAGCUCAUUUGAGUUUAUUUCUCAAAUGCAGGUAACUGGCAUUUUGGCAUCAUUUACUUCUUAGUUUUAUAUUCUGACCCUACAGAAUUAGGCCUGUUUUAAAUAAUUUCUAUUAUUAGUUAAUACUUGGCAGCAUGACAUUUUAUUUUUUUAUAAUUUAAUGAAAAUCAGCACCAUAGUAACUAAUGGUAAUUGUAACAGCAUAGUUACUGGGUAAGGGAGUGGGGGAGGCACUCAGUAACCACGUGUUUUAUCUGGACUUUUAUGCAAGGGUACAUGGCUUUAUUCAGAUUAGGGUACAGAUGGAAUUGCAUCAUGGCUUUUAGUCUGGUGGGUAUGUAGACAGUCAAAGAUUUAAGCAAGUGCCUUGUGUUUCCUGGAAAAUACUGAAACUCAUUUGGGUGUAAGCUUCCCAGAUGAUGAUAAUUAUUGCACCUUUGCCUUUUCCUUGGAAUAAUUUUUGGAUUGAGUCGUGUAGUAUAAAACUAUUCAUAUUUGGUUUUUUUUUUCUGAUAUUACAUGUAAUGGAAAGCCAGAGCUGUCUGGCAGAAUCUAAUUGUUCAUUGGAUCUCGUUCCAUUUUUAAUAUUAGGUUCCUUCUUCAAAUCUUAUUACUGUAGCUCUCUGAUAUAAUUUAUUUAUUUCUUAUCAACUGUGGUCACAAUAUAGACCAGUCUUUGGUCACAGUUAGCUCAAAAGAAUUUCCAUUUCUUCUUAAGGUGCUCAAUAAAUCACCUUUAUUUUGAGAUAGUAGCCUUUUCAGGCUAGUGUUACUUUCUCUCUUUCUCAAUGAAUAUAUGAAUGUCAAAUCUCUAUGAUACGGAAUUCAUCUGAGCCUCUUGUGGUUUAUUUGGAUAAGUUAUGUUUUCUUAGUUAUAGAGGAACAUGGAUGUUUUGGUCUUUGAAGUACCCCAAAUUUUAAAGGUUUUGUUUUGGUAGGUUAGCUGCUUCUCUACCUGACACCACAGGAUGUAUCAUGCUUGUUUUCUUAGCCACCUCCCCUCCUGCAGUGUUUUUCACUGCUUUUUAAGUUAUGUAAUGACCAGUAGGUUUACACAGUGACAUGCAAUUGACAAGUACUUGGGAAUAUUUAAGAAGGUAAACAAUUUUAACUAUUUUUGCUGCAAUUUUAUAGGAGAAAUGGGCUGUAAAAGAAAUACCUAUAAACUAGAGAGCAUUUAGGAAAUUGUAUAUUUUAUAGGUGGUCAUGAAGGUGACCUUCAGGAUAUAAGAUAUAUAGUUUACACAACCUUUGUUCUCCUGAUAUGAAAUUUUUAUUCAUUUUCCUAUAGCUCAGCACUUUCAUUGUCCCUUAUACUGCUUUAUAAGGAUUAAUGUUUUAUAUUUGCUUUACUUGUGCUUUUCAGAGAGUUGUCAUAAUCAUGGCAGUUGUGUUUGUGGUACCAUAUGUGCUGGAAUUUGUGGGAAAUUUAUAAACUGAUUGCCUAAGUGUUAUUUCCCAUUAAAUAAAGUAGGUAUCACAAUAUCCUAAAGAAAACUGAUGACUUUUUUGAAAGUCAUACAUGUUUUAUAAUCUAGGUUCAUGGUAUUUUAAUUUAAAGGCAAAGAGAAGCAUUCUGUAUUAUUUUGCCUUAUAUGAAAAAAGCUUAUUUUGUUGUACUACUUUGUACAGUAAAAAUAAGUCACAUUCUGGAGGGAGGAAAAAAAAACCCAAACUGGAAUUGUUAAAAUUUUGUUCCUUUUGGGAAACCCCCAUGUAAACAACAGAGCUAUUUGUUAUCAUCAACUCUUGAUUGUCAGCAAGAGAAUUAUUUGUAGUCACUUUUUUUAUCCUAGGUUAGAACUGCCUUCCCUUUCUGACUUUUCCCCUUAAUAGUGUUCGUGAUGUCGGGACAGUGAAUGUAGAUGUAGUGAGGUGUUCAAAAUCAUACAUCCACAUCAUGCAUCUGUGGAUUCAAAACCUCUUCAGUUAUUUGAAUUAUCUAUAGGUAUAUUAUUUUUAUUAGCAUGGGUUGUCAGAAGUCUGCCAAAUUUAAGAGUAAAGAACAGAAAGAUGAGUAAUAAAAAUAAGAGGAAGGAAGAAAAUGGCUUCCUUAUUGGUAUUAGUAAUCAUCCAUAUAGUUUAUGAUCUAAAAAUGAUAUUUAUGUUUUAAAAUCCAAGUUUGGUACCUGUAACAUAGAAACAUUGCCUUUCCUACACAUUCCUCAUUGUCGUUUCCCAGAAAAUUAUUUUAAGAGUGUAUGAGACCAGAUUAAAUAUCCAUAUUUAAUUUGUCUAGUUUUUAAAAAUAAAUAUUUGAACUCUAGCUUUUUGUGAAUUUGGUAUACAUCAACAUUCAUGCAAAUCAAGGAUUAGAAAGAAACUGGGAAUUAGCCAUCUCCAUGUCUCCCUUUGCACAUUGGGUACAGUGGUUGGCAUUAGUAUGCACUAGCUGCAAUGUUAUAGCACCUUAUGGAAUUAAGUAGUGUUUAUUUAUUAUUAAGUAAAAAGGUUAAGCUGUAUCUCUGUAGAAUAUCUAUUUUACAGAGUGUAAAGCUGUCAUAUCAUUUCCAGCAGGAUUUAAUUCCUUCAUUCUUAAUUUUUUUGAAAAAAACCUAAGUAAUUUAACAUUCCUUUAUAUUCUCUUAACAGUGUCAAAUCUGGGGUAGAAUGGAUUCCCCCCCCCCCCCCCCCCCCCCGCCAAAGGGCUCCAUCUUUGCUAUCUUUUGGUCGCUCUUUGAAAUCCAGUUAUGAUCAAUAGAUUUUAACAGUUGAUGGCUUCCUGUAUCAGCACUGGAGUGGUUGGUUGUGAUUAUUAAAACCUACUACUAUUUUCCCUCA